GCAUUCUCUCGCAUUCGUUUGGAUGAAAAUAGAGGGACGGCAACACUGUCUCACAGCUGUUCCAAUUAGCAAUUUCAAAAUAUUAUUCAUCUCUCUUGCACACACACUUUGAAUAGCGGUAAUACAUAGUAAAAGGAGGAAUGGUAUUGUUUUAUAUUUGCAGAGAAAAUUAUGAAUGCGGGAGUGUUUCUUUUCGUGGAUAAAUUCUUUUAGCGGGCGGCCCCAGUGCAAUACCUGGCGAACUGAAAGUAUUGUAUGUAAUAAGUUAGCAUUAAAGAGUAAUUGUGGGGAGGGAGUAAAAAGGUGUGGAGCAGAAUCGAAUGAGCGCCGAAAAGAACAGAGCAAAAACUUCUACAUUGGCGAAGACUUUUGCAUUUUGCUUUUAAAACUCUUGCACUGGAAGAACAAUAAAAAUUGCACAAAGUGCAUUCGGUAAAUUGUGUAGAACAAGGAAGUUUAAUCGUUGAAUUGUAUGCGAACAAAUCUUUAUGAAAAUACUAAUAAAACGAUUGGCAUUUUGAGCAGAUGAAAUCUUCUAUAGGCAAGCGGUACGAGAACUUAAUCUAGUGUGCGUAUGUGGAGAAAGUGGUGUUGGAGCGGGUGUACGUACCAUUAUUUUUGUGUGGUGUUAGUGUCAAAGUGUUUAUUUUUGGAUAAAAUAUAAAUAUAAUAAAAAAAAAAAAUAAACGAACAUGUCAAAUACCAAAAGCAUUAACUUAGCCUUGUUCGAGAUUUAACUAGUAAGAGGGAAACGCAAGCCAACGAACUCAUGAAGUGAAUUGAACCAACAAAUAUCACAAUCGAAUUUUAGUGAAUUUCAUGAAAUUUAAAUAGGCAUUUUUCUGAAAUAAAAGGCUCUCCCAAGUGUGCAAAGAAGUAGUAAAGCUGCAAUGGCAACAGAGAAGUUACGCAUAACGUUAAAUAAUCCGGAAAAAGUAUAUUCUGCGGGCGAAACAAUAAAAGGCGAAAUAUGUUUGAAUCUAACCAAGCGCACAAAAAUACGUGCUAUAAAAGUACAAAUUACAGGAAAAGGCAAAUGCAAAUGGAUUGAAAUAUUACGUAAAAAUUCUAACAAUGAAUCAGCGCGAAGUCUCUUCUACUCUAGCAAAGAAAUAUACGCACACAAUGAGCACACACUGCCCGUCUUCGAGCCGCGCGGCAUUGAGUUGAAUCCUGGUGAACAUAAUUUCGAAUUUACUGUACCACUCGAAUAUAAUCUACCAUCUAGCUUUAAAGGUAGCUACGGGUCAAUAAAGUAUAAAUUGCGUAUAGUCAUUCAAAGGCCAUGGACUUUCGAUGAACGUCACAUUAUACCGCUAACUGUGCUGAAGCAUAUGCCGUUGUCGCCGUGUUAUCGUUCGAAUCCAACUUCAUUGGAAAAACAAAUUACCAAAACGAUUAGUCUAUUUGGUACACGGCCCAUAACAAUGCUGGCAUUGUUGCCGGAAGAUUCAGCGGUGCGCGGUGAACCUUUGCGCAUUUGUGUCACUGUCACCAAUAACAGUACGACAAAUGUGGAAAAACUACGAUUCAGUGUGCUACAGUAUAUCUGGUAUUACAGUCAUGUACCGUUACGUGUGCAAAAAAUGGAAUGUGUACCACUAGUCAAUAAAGAGACAGGUGCAGUGCAUAAGAAGAGUGAACGUUCCUUUGCGCAUGAGCUAAUGAUACCGCCUACGACGCAACCGUCCGAUGAUGAACUAAGCGGGGUUAUAAAUAUAUCGUAUGAAUUACGCGUGGAAGCGGUGCUGCGUGGCUUUUUCAAGAAUCUCGUACUUAAUUUACCCUUUAAGAUGUACUCGAGUGGCGCUAGCUCUGUGCUUAAUAAUCUAUCUGGUGGUCCACCGAGACCGCCACCUCGAUAUGGCAAUCGUAAUAGUGUUAACAUUGGUAUGGUAACGAAUGUCACAAUGAAUGGUGCAGGCAAUCCAUUUGAGAAUAGCGCUACCCCAUUAAGUAUUGCAACCUAUCCUUCACUUGAUUCAUCCAUCGGCUCACCAUCGCACUCCUCACAAUAUAGCGAAUACAGUUCCUUACGUUCAGUUAAUUCCGAUUCUUCGGCGGCAAGUCCCGCUUUAGCGGGAGAUAUUUCAUAUGUAUCUGGCACAUCCUCCAACUCUUCUACGACGACAUUAAGUCCCGCUUUGGCUGGUGAUCUGUCAUAUGCAUCUUGCGCAUCGCCACAAUUCAAUAGUCCUUCGGCGCGUGCUAGUCUGCGCAGUUCAACGGUGCCCUAUGUUAUGUAUCCGCCGAGUAGUAGUCCACUCAUGAUUAACUCUUAUCCGCCAGCACAAGUGCCAACAUAUCCGUCACUAUCGGAAUCACCUGGUUAUUCCUUGAUGCGUUUAGCCGAAGAUGUAUUACCUCCACCACCCAUAACACCGCCCUCAGGGUCAGUAGUGGGCGCACUGGCGCGCCAGGAAUCCUCCACAUCAGCCACAACGGCAGCAGCGCGUUCGUCAUUUUUACAUGGAAUACAGCCGCCAGGAGCGCAUGAACUGCCACCAUCUUAUGAAGAACUCUUCGGCUCCGCCACUGCACCACCUGAAACACCGAAAUGAUACUGCGACUACUUCCAGAUAUAAAAUACUUUAACUAAUAAUUCACUCAACACCACUACGGCGCCAAAAGUUACUAGACCCACCCAGGAUUGAGUAGAGUAUGGACUUGCAAGGCACUGCUCGUGUUCUAAAUGAAGAAUCAUUAACAUUUCACUAAAUCUUAAAAAAAAAAAAUUAGACUGGUUUAUUCAUUUUGGUCGCUAUAUUUAUAGAAACACGAACAUACUCGUAUAUAUAUAUAUAUAAAUAUAUAUGUACAUAUGUAUAGUACUCAGUGUUACCAAAUUAGUUUCUACUUUGUUUAUAUAGAAUAUAAAUAAAUAAAAAUUAAUUUGUAUGUACGACUUGAUGCUAGCACUUAAGGCAAAGCCACGAUAGUUUUAGGGCAUAUACCACUGACUAAGCAAUGCUUUUUAUACAAUAUUAAAGCGCGAUAAAAUUUCAUUUUUUAGGGCUUGAAGCUUGAUAUCGUAGUGUUUAGUCAGUAAGUUAACUAUGCGACAAAAGUGUCCUGCAUACUUACAUAAAUUAUGCAAUGUUUAAUAUAAUUCUUAAAACCAUUAAAUAUUAUGUUGAAGGCAAAUUUGAUAUUGAUAAAAAACAUGUUAAAUUAAAAUUAGAGUUAAAAUUUAAAGCAAAAUUGUUACAAAUUAUAUGUGUACAUUAAGGUUUCCGUUAUUUCCAAAGUGGAUUGUCAUUUUGCAAACGCCCACUGAAGUUUCAGUUUUUGCUCUAAAAAUAACGUUUCAACAUAAACAAGCUUUUUAUUUUCAAUUUAAAUCGUGCCUGCAACAACUGACCUGAGCAUUCAUACAAGUCAUUUAAACAUUUUACGUUGCUAAUACGACAUGGUAUACUAUAUAAUAACAUACAGUACAUUUGAUGCAUAACUUUAACUGUGUAUAACUUUUAAAGGAAUAUUUUUAUGAAAUAGACGCGAUUUAAAUUGAAAAUAAAGAGCUUGUUUACAUUGGAUGCGUUUUUUAGCGCCGUUUGCAAGAAAAAAUCCACUAGAUAAAAUAACGGACACCACAAACUACAUUGACAUUGGAAAAUGUAAGCCAGAAAUAAACCACAUUGAUAAAUAAUAAUAAUUAGCUAUUAUUAAAUAAAAAUAAUUAAUUACUUUACUAAAUAUGUACUUUAAAUAGCACAAAUAUGCAACCGGCGUGCACGAAAAUAAAACGAAACUAAAAUUCCUACGCAAAAUCAAACUUAAAUGUUAAGCCAAUAAAUAUAACACUAUAUAUAUAUAUAACUAUAAAUAGACAUUUUUUUACAAAAAAUACACAAUUACAUGCUUUUGCAGAUAUGAAAAAUACGCUGCUAGCAAAUUGCUUCGCUUUGAAAGUCGGAAUUAAUUUUAUGUGAGCAAAAAUAUUACUGCUAAACGCUUGCAACUAAAGUAAAUAUUUAACAGCGUUGUAAGAAAGUCAAAUAGCCACUAUAGUUGUACGACAAAAAACCUGUUAAGCGGAAAAUUUCACACAGUUACACAAUUACGCUCAAAUGUGUAUUUAAUUAUUAGAACAUUAUUGUGCUUAAUUUUUUGUUAAGAACAGGUUUUCUGCUAUAAAUACUACAAACGAAUAUUAUCUUUUAUAUAUACUUACGUAUGUAUGUACAUAUAUAUAUGAAAUUAUUAUAUAAUCAAAACAAAACGAAAUCAUUAAAAUGUAAUGUUUUAAUUUGAAACUUUGUUUUGUUAAACUAAUUACAAUUAAUAUUUUUUUAGAUUAAGUUGGCGCGAAAAUAUUGAACAUUUUUUUUAUUUCUGUUUGUUUUUUGUGAUAACAUGACAAUGAAAAUUUUUCUGGUUUGAGCUGCCUACCGCUGAAUUUGUAAAAAAAAUAACAUUAUAUUCAUUAGGCUGAUUUCUUGUUUGUAGCUUUUUUUUUACACACAUUUUUAUUCCUAAGGCAGCUUGAUGCGGGCUCUUUGCCAUUAGACUUAAAUACAGCAUUCAAAGGAAACUUACUCCACCCUAAUGUACAUACUUACAUAUGAACAUACUUAUAAUAUGCAAGUAAAGUGGCUUUUAAUUUACGUUUUUAAGCUAUUUUUUUUACAAUUCACACCUAAUUACAAUAAAAGCUGUGAACUAAAGUUUAAUUUUCUCCAUGAAGUAAAGCUUGAAAAUCUUCAUCAAAUCAUGUUCGGUUCAUUGUCUUGCUAAAAGUUUGAUGUCACUAAAAUAAGUAUAACAUAAACAUUUAUACCAAAACAACAAUAAAAACCAAUUGGUUUCAGUAAUACUAAGAUAAUACCCUUCCAAAGUGUGUUCUACUUCAUAUUAAAUGUCUAACUGUAGUGUUUUAGCAAUACUACUCAAACUUUCUAUUAUUUCUUAGUGAAAUUUAUAUAUUUCUCCUGUUUAAGCAUUUAUAAAAUAUACUUAAUCACAUACGUAUAACAAAUGAGAGUAUAUGAAAGCAGAAACUUAACCUUAAACCAUACAACUGCCGUUACUUCCAAAUCUAACGCAAUUAUUUAGUUUAGCUUUGGCAAUAUAACAACAUAUUUUAGUCUUGCCGUUAAAAGAAAGCAAUUUGAGUGCAAAAAUUAUAAAAUUAUGAAAAUAUGGUUUAAGGGAUUUUUGUUUUCAACUGCAAUUGCUGGUGAAAGCAGUUGUAAAUAUUGUGCCCGUAU